UGACGUCAGUGUCGAAGCAGCAAAGUUUAAUGGCCGAGAGUUUUACGAGUAGUUGUUGCUUUUCCAUUUGGUUGUAAUCGGUUUCAGGUCCGGACCGGAUUAGUCCUACGGGCACCCGGGUGACAGGCUCGCUACAAGACGGCAAGUUGAGGAAAGCAGAAGCGCUGAGCUUCAGGGAAAUCAGGACCGAGGCAGAAAUCUUCACGGAGUCUGGGACGACUGUGAACAGCGACGUGCGCCCCCCGGUGGUGAGAACACAACAACAGAAGAGAGAGGAACCGGACAGGAGUGGAGACAUCACGCUGGUUUGUGCCACUCGGACAAAGAGAACUGAGUGGAGUUCUGUUUGUCAGGACCUUAGUUGGAUCUGCUGUGGACCAAGACGAGAACAGCUGCUUUAGUGGAGAUCUGGACAUCUGCAAUGGGGGACGCCUUUGGUUUGGUCUACUGUCUGGCUAAGGAGGAGGACUAUGAGCAGGUCAUGAAGAUCUGCACUUCAAAGGACUACAACGGACUGGACUACCUGCCUGCCUUCUUUCACCGCUGGCUGAAGGAACCUGGACGGAUCGUCCUCUUGGCUUGGAUGAAAGACAGAGUGGUGGCGCUGGAAUCUGCCUUGCUCGUGGAUGGGGGUCAGACGGUCGUGUUUCAGGGUCACAGGGUGGUUUCUGACCUCAGAGGCAGUGGCAUCGCUGGCGUCCUCCACAGUCAUGUGACCUACGUCCGCAGUCAGUACCCAGAAGUCUGUGCUGUCAGAAUGAGCCGAGGAGACCAUCCUUCAGAACGAAUUCUGUCUAAAUACAGACUUGUUGCUAAAGAGUGCGUGAGAAUUAAACAGAGUCCUUUAUGUGGUGCAGAUAUUAAGUGUGUUCUUGUAGAGUUGCUGUGA